AUGAACUGCGGAGGGAUGGAGGAUAGCUUCUCGCUCGACACUCACGGGUUCUCAUUUCCUAAGCACAAGUCCGCUCUUGAACCCGAUGAUUUCCACAACCGGCAGAAAGUCGAGUCCACCUACCUUCUAGAAUGCGAACAGAUCCUGCGAAGGCUCAUCCCAGACGUCGACCAGGUGUUCAUCUACAACUGGCGGCUCCGAUGCAGCAGCGACCAGAAGAUGGAAGGCUCGGUGAUUAACUUCAGCGACCCGACGUCGCCUCUCGGCGCGGCCGUCCAUGUCCACGUCGACCAGUCGGCACCUUCAAUCGUCGAGCGGAUCGAGGUUUAUCUUCCCGAGCAGGCCAGCCGUCUCCUGCGCGGCCGCGUGCAGCAUAUCAACAUAUGGCGCCCUAUCCGGGGCCCUAUACUGGUAGAAACCAGCCGCAUCAGCCGCCAGUUCGCGGGCGAUAGCCUGUUCCCCAUGUACCAGGACGGCUAUCGAUGGCACUACCUCGCGGACCCGCGAGACGAUGAGAUGCUGGUGUUCAAAAGCUUUGACUCGCAGCCAGACGUUACCGGCUAUGCCGCGCAUUAUUCAUUCAAGGUGCCCGACAAGUCGGGGUCACUCAAACCUAGGAACAGCGUCGAAGUCAGAGCCUUGGUGUUCAUGUAUCCACCAGAUGGCUUUGACGAGGAUUCGGGAUAUACUGAGUAGAACUUCUUGGAAGCCAAAUCUCGUCAACAAGGAAGGCGCCGUAAAAUGUGGCUGUAGAGAAUAUUGUCUGUCACCAGGCUUGCUAGGUAUGCCCGUAUGUGGUAGGGUGGUACCCAAAACUCUCCAAGUUGAAGGGUUUCCGGGUCCUCGACGGCCACUAGUCGACUGACGUCGAGCUCAUUGCACCAGGGUUAUGGGGCCGAGCAAGGGAGGCUCAACACGCUGAUGAUAAAGAAGCCAUAUCUCCUCGCCGUGGUGAGGUUUGAGCUCAAGGUUGUCGGCAUCUUGUCGAUAGAAUCCAUGCUGGUCUAUAAUAUUACUAAACUCGAACAUUCACCGAUGCUGAACCUAGCUAGAUAUUAGGUUGCGGUCGCUAAUACCUACCUAGUCCUGUCAUAUCAAGUCAAACGAAUGCAUGCUACGUCAACGGUACUUGUAACAAGAGACAUGUAAAUUCGGCGGCCAGAACACCGCUUUAUGGAAUGUUGUUG